AUGUCGUCGGUUCAGUUCACAGCUCUGAUACGUCUCCCGUUCAUCCGGGGUGACUUUGAAGAUCCUCCGCAGGCACAAUGGGAUGCUGAGAGGGAUCGCCAACUAUGGAAGGUCAUUUCCAAGUCUUCCAAGACCAGUGAUUUGAACUGGGUCGAGUUAGCCGACAAGUUCCAGGUUCCACCAACCUUCCUUCUUCAGCAAGCUGCAUGGCUAUAUGAGCGACAUCUAGAUCACGUUCGUAACCAAAUGAAGAAAGUCAGCAUCUCGAAUGCUGCUCCGUCAUCUUCGCCGACUGGUGGUAGCACGCUGACUGCUGUGGGUGGCGUUGCGAUGCGAAGGGGUGGCAGUGCCGGAUCUGGAGCUUCUCCCGACAUUCCCGAUUCGUCGUCCUCGAGCUCAUCAUCGUUGUCGGAUACUGAUCACCCAGCGCAUCGAAGCCAACUCUUCAAGCGCCCGCCGCGUUUCCAGCAGAAGAAACCGCGAGAGCUUUCAACGUUUGAGGAAGGAGAUGGAACCCAAGAGAUUGACGAUUCAGGCUCACACGAGACAAGUCUACCCUUUGCAACCGUCAAGACACGACCCAUCAAUAGCAAGUACGCGCAAGACUCACGCUUCCGAGCCAGUAGCAGCAAGGAGCAAAAGGUUCUGCAACCUGCCCGCGCAAGGAAUGCUCCGCCUGUCAGACAAACGUCUAUGGACGUACAGUCGAUCGCGACCACAGAGACGGCGUCGUCAAUGACUAGCUCUGGCGGACCUCCUUCAGCCGCAAAGAGCCCUAUGAGCCCUGCCUCGGACCACCGCGCGGCGCUAGGCCGACUCGGUAGUCCACGACGUGGAGGACUGCGAUCUAGAAAGGAAGGUAGUGAAGGCACGCCGAGUAUGGGCAGUAGCUUCAGUGACAUUGAUGCCACACGCUACACAUUCGGCCGCAACGACAUCAACUUCCCCAUCGCCUACAGGCGCAUCAAAUCCCUACUCACCCACCCAUCAUGUCCGCACCGCCCCCAAUACCUCUGGCCCUGCGACGACUGCGAGUCCGCCUUCACCACGAAAUACUGGACCUGCGCCGCCACGCUUCUCGACUAUUUCGCCGACUUCCACCCCAUCGACACGCCCCUCAUGCAAUCGAUCUGGUUCUACCUCCUCGAUAUCUGGCAAGAAAGCGCGCAUAUCCUCCCCUACGAAACCGUACUUGAUGAAACCAUCGAACACAGCGCCGCACUCAUCGGCGUGGCGCGCGCCAGAGACUUUGAGAAAGCAGUUCGUGACACCAUUACUUUGUUCGAAGUCACGAUCUGGGGCCGGAGAACAGAAGCGGAUUCGUGGGACCAAGUUAUCUAUGACCCGAGGGGUGAGGCUAUGUGUCCAGUGGGUGAGUACGACACGGGUCCUUGGGUCAGUGGAGUGAAGCCCUGGAACCAGUUUUUGGGAGAGGGAGGAAUGGGUGUCGCAGCGCCGUGGUCUGCUGCUGCUUCAACUCCAACUUCACAAGACGACACAAACGGAGAUGGAGAUGGGAGUAGGAAUGGGGAACAAGAGAGAACAACAACACGCUACAUCCCCCACCCCGCCAUCGCCCUAAUAGAAGGCCACACCGCGCGCUCCCGCCUCCUCGCCAAUUCCUUCUACACAAAACAAAAGCUCACACCCCCUCAAUACAACGCCGCCCUCGCAGACUGGGAAGCACACACCGUCGUCCUUCCUUCCAAGCGCAGCGAGUUCCACACGUAUACUUCGCGCUUCACAGGUCGGGAGACAACAUACACGCUAUCCAACGGCGCGCCGCCGAUCAUGCGCUACGAGGGGCUCGGCGAUCCGCAGUUGGAACUUGCGGUUCCGGAUGGAGAUUGGAAUUUGAUGGAUGAGUGUGUGGCUAGUUGUAGGGGGGUUACGGCGUAUGUGGGUGUUAGUGGCGGGGAUGAGGAUGAGGAGGAUGAGGAUAUGGUGGACAGUGAGGAUGAGUUGGUGCCGUUUGAUUUGUGGACUGUGGUUGAGAAGGCCGUUGAAGGAGGGGGACGUGGUGAGUUGUUGGAUUUGGGAGACACUGGGGGCAUGUUUGAAACUUGGUGGGAGGGGGAAUGA